AUGUACCGCACUCCAGAGCCGACUCCAUCGAUGGAGGGAUAUCAUAACGAAUACUGGAGAUGCCAUCCUAGAGUGGUCACCGCGUCGCGCAGCCUCAUCACGGUGAUGGGCACAGGUUUCAGCCCACCGACACCAAAGCUAUACGCGACACCGCCACCGCUGCCGACUCACAUUGCGGAGCUACACGAACAGCAGCGGAGCUUGAUCUUUAUGGCCGAAGACAUGGGUCUGGGUCAGCAUGAUGCUGGUACGGACGAGGGAGGAUCUCAGCAACCUGUCGCUUAUGGCUUGGGGAUCUCCAACUAUGACGGCCAGGCAGAUAUCGACAGCGACGAUGAGACAGAAAUCGACUUUCCCAUCAAGGAUCUAGAAAAAGAGCUGCGAGCGAACGAGAUCAGUUGGCUAGGAGAAAUCCUUCCACGUCCUGACGAAUUCGGGGACCUGAAUUACAAGUCGCAAGCCGUCCACGGCAGUAAGCUCGAUGGCAUUGGCACCAAGCCCACGCGUGAGAAACGCAGCUUAGGAAGCCCACUCAAAGAUGCACUCCGCACAACUCCCCCUCCCAAGAGACGUUGCACCCAACCAUACUCUUUACUCGAAAACCUGCUGAGCUGGCACGGCGCCUUGGACCGUAGAGAGAUUCCGUGGGACCAGAUUCUUGGCCUGAGUGCCCCAAAGAACAUUCCAGUUCUGUGCUUGUCCUUCUGGGCAACUGAUACCUACCCACCAACAGAGCUUAUGCGGGUCCUACCCGAUGACGUCCAGAAAGUUCGAUAUAGCGAGGUGCACACGUUCAGGGAGGGUCACUCUAGGGAGGACGCCCUGCUCUCAGAUGAAGCCCAAGAGCAAUCUCACACAACCGGUCGCUGGACCUUCAUCACGCUAGCAGAGCACCCGCAGAACAGCCCCACCGACCGCAGCCACGCAAUGUCACCGUGGCACAUCAUCGCCUUCCCGAGCAACGCGAUCACGCGCUCUGAAGAGCGCAUCUAUGACCUCGACUCUGAAACCAUCAUGGCGGACUCGGAGGGCCAGAAGUCGCUCUACGCCUUCGACACCUACGGACUCCCCUACCCGCGUCUAGGCUCGCCGGCCCAACGCAUCUCCCCGCCAGGCCGAAAGCGACCUUACGAGCACCCGGUCCCGCUGGGUAUGCAGCUGUACAUGUUCCCGCCGCGCGUAUUUGAGAACAUUGAUUACGCCUACGAUCGGGAGGCUCCAGUGUACGCAUCGGCGUACGCGCCUAUGACGGACGAAGACGAUGAGAUGAACCUGCAUAGCUCGCACGACACACUGGACAGUAGUCCCUGCCCCGUUGGGCAUGCCGUCAUUACGCCAACCACAUCCUUCACAUCGGACCUGGGAAGCAGCAGCAGCAGCGACGCCCCCUUCUCAAGCUCCCCCAUCGACAGCCACCUGUCUUCGUCCCCGUACUCUAUCCCCAUGCGGAGCACCUACCACUCGCACCACUCCUCCUCCUCUUCCCCUCUCCUUUCCUCUUCGCCAAACACAACCCCAGAUACAUCCCCCAUGCCGCCAUCACCAAGAUCAGGACGCUACCUCCGCCGCACGAUCCUCUACGCCGAUGGCCAGGGCUCGAUCCCGCUGGUGCAGACGUUCAACACCGACCCGACGCCGUGGAAGCAGGUCACAGCUGCGUUUGCGAGGGGCGCGGGCAGGAUCAUGGUGUGGAGCGAGACGGAGGCCGGGCGGGUGAGGGAGGUGGGGCGGAAUGAGGGAGGGAGGUGGCCGGAGUGGGUGUUUAGGGAUGAUUGA